GCUCCCUCACGCGGGCCGCCUCUCUCUUUGCGAGCAUGACUGCUUCACAAAAGGAGGAGACGGCGUCCCAGUUCCUCUCACUCUAGGUGUUCCUCACAAUGACGACACUCGGGCGUUUCCUCCCGCUGGAUCCGAAACAGGAACCUACCGAAGCUGCCGUGCCCGGUAAGCACCUGCGUCAGACGGAAGGUGAGGACGCCGUGGCGUCUCUCAAGCCACUCCUCAAAGAGGGGUCUUACCGCUGAUAUAGUAGCGUGCCCGAGAUUACCUAUAUAAUACGUUUAUUUGUUAGAAUAUUGUUACAACAAGAUAUAAUGUUCUGAAUGACCUGUUGUACCCGGCGUUUUUGUGUAUUUUUACACCCCUCCAUUUAAGCGAAACAUGACUAAAUAAUAAUGGAUGGUAUUUGUAGUAGGACGGACCACGCGGGGAGAUCUGUCCACGACUUUGCCCUUGCUUCUGGCCUAACACAACUGGAUACCGUGUCUACACGAAUCCCAGAUGUGGAGAGCCAGAGGCUUUCACUGUUGGACCUUCUGCUGACCUCUCAUUCGGACGGCUAUAACAACACAGUUGAUGCUCCUAUUCGCUCAUCAGACCACUGCCUCGUCCGGAGUCUGCCUUGUGCGUGCACGCCGCGUGUCAAAGUUGCUCGCGGUCGCCGAGUUUGGCACUACAGGUCAGCGGAUUGGGAUGGGAUGAGAUCCUUCUUUGCAUCCUACCCUUGAAAACGAGUUUGCUUCUCGCAGGAUAAUCCCAACGACGAUGCUGUCUCUGUUGCUGAUGUGGUGCUGCAGGGGAUGGAACUGUUGUUCGUUCCGUCCUGUCACAGAGGCUUACCGAGCCUGGGCUGAUGCGGUGGCGGCACGGGAUGUAAAUACCAUUGAGCGCCUUCCAUCAGAAACUCGUGCGUUCUGGUCUCUCGCCAAAUCUAUCGAAGGCAAUUUCUGCAGACCAAUAUUCCCACCUCUGCACAUUCUUUGCGUCAAAUUCGACAUUGGACGACGGGGGACGUGAACCGCCGGUUCUGCUGUGGCGCGGGUGUAAUAUGCCGGAUAUUCGGUUUCACCAGCGCUCGGUACGAUUGGCGCUCAUGUCUCUUGACAUCCAUAAGUCAAGUGGGCCUGACGGAAUCUCACCCAUUGUGUUAAGGAUGUACGCUCCAGAGUUGGCACCUGUCUUAACAUGUCUUUUUUGGCUCACAUACUCUUCAGGAGUAGUCCUGGAGUUCUGGAAGAUAGCUAUGGUCCAACCGAUCCCUUAAAAAGGAGAUCGCACAAAACCGUCCAAUUACAGACCGAUAGCCAUAACUUCCCUUUUCUCGAAAAUAAUGGAGUCAUCUAUAAACUGCCAGCUCCUUCGGUACUUGGAGGAUCAUCAGCUCCUUAGUGACCGAUAGUACGGUUUUCGUAAGGGCCGGUCCGCUGGUGAUCUCCUAGUUUAUCUGACACACUGUUGGGCACAGGCGACCGAGUGCAAGGGGGAAGCGACGGCAGUCAGUUUGGACGUAGCGAAGGCCUUCGAUCGGGUUUGACAUAAAGGGCUUUUUACGAAGCUACCUUCCUAUGGGCUUCGCGAGAAACUGUGUAAAUGGGGGUCCAGCUUCCUUGCAGACAGAAGCAUAAAGGUCGUGGUCGACGGUGAAUGCUCUGAUUGCUUGCCUGUGAACGCUGGUGUCCCUCAAGGCUAGGUACUAUCGCUCACUCUGUUCCUCCUCCAUAUCAAUGAUAUGUUGCAAAUUAGUUGCAUUCAUUGUUAUGCGGAUGACAGCACGGGUGAUGCCUUUUACGCCGUCGUGCUAACAUUUCUCGGGAAAACGUCAUCGAGAGUCGAAACAGGCAUGUGUCUGAAAUCGAGACUUCUUUAGAGAGAAUCUCAGAUUGGGGUAGACUUAACUUGCCCAAUUUAACGCCACAAAGACACAGGUCUGCGUUUUCACAGCUAUAAAACUGCCGUUUUUCGUAUCUCCUCAAUUUCAGAGCACCCCCCUCAAUAGAUCGAGGCAGUAUUUCACCCCGGGGCAUCGCCUGCUACUUUACAAUGUAUGGAAUACUGUUCUCAUCUUUGGGCGAGGGCACCCCAGUACCAGCUCCUCCCUCUGGACGGCAAUCAACGACGAUCUGUCCGAAUUGUUGACUGCCCUGUUGUCUCGGACCGGCUGGACUCUUUGGCACUGCAUAAGGAUGUAGCCUCGCUAUGUAUUCUCUAUCGCAUGUAUCACGGGGAGUGUUCUGAGGAAUUGUUUGGAACGCAAAACUUUGAUACGACCUUCAAACCUUCAAGAAACAAGCGUACUCCUUCUUAAAAGGCCGGCAACGCACCUGUGACUCCUCUGGAGUUGCAGGUGUCCAUGGGCGGCGCCGAUCGCUUACCAUCAAGUGAUCCGUCUGUUCGUUUGCCUCCUAUCCCUUAAAAAAGCCAUUAUUUUGUCACUAGCGUUAGAGAUGAACUAACUUAGGACAAACCUAAGUUAACUCGGAUUGAGAUUCAUGUUAUUCGAGAAUUCGAUAAUAUGAAUUAUUUUAUUUUCAAAUGAAAGUAACACGUAUCAAACAAGUUAUUUAUUUUCUAAACGUAUUUUAAAUUAGAAAAUAUAUAAAAACAAAGCAUGCAGUUCUAACAGACAAAAUCAAAUGUUGCUUAUCUACGAUAUGGCUCAGCGUUGAUUUCAGAUGGCCCCUGACUAUGGGGGUAACAAACAUAUCUAUUGAUAUUUACGACUUAAAGCAUCACAAUAUAAACAUAAUAAACUAAAAUCCAUUUAAUAAAAAAAUGUGAUAAACAUAAAUAUAUAAAUCGAUAUUUGUGUCUCGAAAAAUCGUUUCUAUGGUAAUUGAUUUCAGAUCGCACCCCUAUUGGCUCAGUAUUGACAGUUCUUCCUCUCCCGUCUAUUUUGACAAGUUCACUUUUUUUGGAUGCAUUCACUUAAAUAACCUAGAUAAUUAGAAAGAUUUGUUCAUUUUAGAAGUAAUUUAUCAUUAAAAUUAAAAAACGCUUUUCUCAAGAAAAAAGAAAAAAGAACUAGGUUUUGUGAAGUCUAUCCAAAUAUAUUUAACUCGUUCUGGUUAUAAUUAAAAGGCCAUUUCUGGACAUGUCCUUUAAAUAAGACAGGUCAAAACGUCACUUAUGACUUGCCAUUUCUAUUUAAAACUGAAAAAUACGCGUCGAAUUGAGAACCUCCUCCUUUUUUGAAGUCGGUUAAAAAAGAGUGGUGUACUUUGCAGAUGGAUAGAUCAUUAAUCUCUAAAACAGGUCGACGAACUGCAAAUUUUCACGUCGUUUUGGUUCACAAUUAAUAACUAAGAAAAACACAAAAUGUUAUAAAUUUAGUCUACCAACCAUGCAAAGUAAUAAUUGCUAUAUAAUUUUGAAUGGACAAAAGUUGGGAUUGGUCAACGGGAUAGUGUUCCCAGGUAUGGCGUUAGACCCGGCUUCAAUAGGAUUUCCACAUAAAGACGCUUUUGGAGUUCAAUCUCAGUCGUUUUGCAGUUAGACAGAUUAGACAGCUCACACAGCUCACAGACGUAAAUACGGCCAGGCUCGUCUAUUUUAGCUAUUUUCACAGCAUUGUGUUGAACAGGAUUUUGCUGUGAGGUCGAGCUACGGAAGUAGAAUCAAUUGUUAUUCUGCAAAGCGGGCUAUCCGAGCAAUAUAUGUAUAACUUGCCCUAUGGCGAAUCUGUAAGGGAAUGAAUAUUUAAAACGAUUAAAUAUCCUGACGGUGCCCUGUCAGUUUAUAUAUGAAAAUAUUAUGUACUCGAGGAAAUCUUGAAAUUACAUAUUUGAAAAAAACAAUACUUCUAAUAACGUAAGCAAAAAUAAGCUGGCUGUAACAUGAUUUCGUCUAUCCUGAGAUAAGAAAUCCUUAAUGGGGUUUUGUGUGAAUCGUUUCAAUAAAAUAUCCAGUACUGUCUUACAUCUUAAUGAAAGAGAAUUUAAAACAUUAUUAAUUCCAAAUGUUGUACUCUUGUCUCGAAUAUAAGCUAAAAACGAAGUGUACGCGUAUCGUAUCUGCACACAGAGAGGUGGAGAAGAGCCACGGCGACCCGGAGCGGCUCAUAGACUGCUUCGCGCGCGCCAUCCUGCAGGCGGACAUACGCGCCGGCGCACUCACUCGUCUACUGCAGUGUCUGCAUGUACCCGCCCAGCCCGCCCAGCUACUGCAGCACGCCGCGCGGCACUGCCACUCCGCCAGUGACGUGGAGAUCCUAGUGUCCCGUGUGACCGCAUACAGUAAAGAAGGGGUAAUGAUUCCCGAGGAACUGUUAGACACGGUGAUGCAGAAAGCUUCAGAGUUUGCGUUGGCCCCCCACAAGCAGAUUGGUCUACUAUCUCUGAGCCAGAAAACGAGGGUCCAUGAUAGUGACGAUAUGCUCAAGAUAGCACAGUUCACUGUGGAGCUGUUCCGUACUGAGUGGCCGGACUCAGACUACGCUGAGGAAUUGACUGACGAGGCGCUACUCGGUGAGGAAGGCCGUCGGGAUGCUUUCAGCAAGUUCCUGUCGCUGGCAGACUCGUGGCAGCGCAAGAAGGCGCUUGUAGACGUACUCCAUUGCUGGCCACCCACUAGGAGCAGUGAGGCGAGGAGCCUGCAUUGUACAUACGUGCACCACCUUCUCGCCGACAGAAGAGAUCAGGCGGAGAAGUUGAUGCUGAUCAAGUUACUGCUGCAGCGCCCCGUGCUUGCUGAAGAGGAGGUCAAAUGGCUUGCUGAUAAUGUAGCCCCUGAGUCUGUAAUCAAUGCUAUUUGGGUUGUUCUCCUCAGCAAAUCUGAAAAUUUUAAGGAUAAUAUCUUAAACUUAGCCCUUCAGCAUAAGAUAUUUCUCCAGAACCAUGAAGUCGACGACGAUUUGAUCAAAGAACUCCUAGAUAACGGCAUGUUUAUAAAGCUGGUCCCGUGCCCGCUGUACUCAGCGUUCGUAAAUUACAUCAUCACGAAGGAGGCAGCUGGCGACGAUGCCGCAGCGCGCCAGUACACCGUGGAUUGGGCCAUCGGGGAACUCACAGGCGCCAACUACCUCGCGGAGGCGGGACAUCUCAAACUGACGUCCGCGGGCGUGCCCGCUUCCCUCCGAGGGUUCUCUCAGGCUGUUGCGUGCGGCCUGGCGGAAUCUGCUAGAACCUGUGCUUACUCCAAAGAUAUCUUAGAAGAUUAGAUGAUAUAUAUAUUCCAAUGUCCUUAUUACAAAUGUGUAAUUAAUAAAUGACGGGUACAGGAGUCUUACUGGUUUUAAUUUAUACAAU